GUCAGGGGGUGAUUUGGUGACAGUGCUAAAAGGGUUCUUCACAGUAAACUUCGUGCGGGAUUUCUAGCUGCCUGCAAGAGCAUGGCCAACAAACAACAGCCCCCUUUUCUGCACCUGGCGGAACUCACAUCCUCGCAGUUCCUGGAUAUUUGGAAGCACUUUGACUCCGACGGCAAUGGGUACAUCGAAGGGAAAGAGCUGGAGAGCUUUUUCACAGAAUUGGAGAAGGCGAGGAGAGGAGCAGGAGUGGGCGGCCCAAGCUCCAAUAUUUCAGAAAAAAUGAAAGAAUUCAUGCAGAAAUUCGACAAGAAUGCUGACGGGAGAAUUGAACUGUCAGAGCUGGCUCAGAUUCUACCCACAGAUGAGAACUUCCUGCUGUGUUUUAGACAAUUUGUCAGCUCCAGCUCUGAGUUUAUGGAGGCUUGGAGGAAGUAUGACAUUGACCGCAGUGGGUAUAUCGAAGCCAAUGAACUCAAGAAUUUCUUGUCAGACUUGUUAAAGAAGGCCAACAGGCACUAUGAUGAUCAGAAGCUGCAUGAGUACACACAGACAAUACUUAAAAUGUUUGAUACCAAUGGAGAUGGGAAGCUGGGACUGUCUGAAAUGGCCAGGUUAUUACCAGUCCAGGAAAACUUUCUUCUCAAAUUCCAGGGAGUGAAAUUAAAUGCAGAACAGUUCAACGCAAUAUUCACAUACUACGACAAGGAUGGCAAUGGCUACAUCGAUGAGCAGGAGCUGGACGCACUGCUUAAAGACCUCUAUGAGAAGAACAACAAACAGGACAUGGACAUCCACAACCUGACCAGCUACAGGCAGACCAUCAUGUCCCUGUCGGACGGGGGGAAGCUGUACCGCAAAGAGCUGGAGAUCGUGCUGUGCCAAGCGGCCAUUCUUUGAAGACCCCCCCCCCCCCCCCCCCCCCCCCCCUGCCC